GUCAUUGUGUCUGUCAUCUGUCAGUGUCAUUAAUAAUAACAAUAAAAAUAAUUUUGUUCGGAUUUGCUUAAUUUAUUCAAAACAAAAGGACAUAUUUUCAGUACUGUUAACCAUUUAAUUUAUAUUUCGAUGGAUCAUAAAGAAGAGGAUGAUUCAUUCCAGGAUGAUAACGUCUACAUCAACCCCGAAGAUGGUAUGCCUAAUAUUCAUCCUAACAUCGUCAAUUUAGAGCAAGAAAGUGAUGGCAACGAAGAAAUCGAUGAUUUAGAUGAUUUACCGAAGUCUGUCAUCGUUACUAAUAUACACAGCAAUAUUUUUGCUGACGAAAAACUAAAGAGAGAAAUGGAGGAUCUUUUCCGAACAUUUUCAGAUAACGUAACAUUUCAGUGGCUCCGCAGUUUCAGACGCUUGCGAGUAAAUUACGAUAGCCCACUAGCUGCGGCUAAUGCACGGGUGCAGCUACAUCAAUACCAGUUCCAUAAUUCGUGCAUCAAUUGUUAUUUCGCUCAGCCCGUUACUCCAGUGUCAUUAAAAAACCUUAGACCUCCUGCGCCAGUAAAACAGUUCCUCAUAUCGCCGCCGUCAAGCCCGCCUGUUGGAUGGGAGCCCCGGGAAGAAGGUGAGCCUAUAGUUAAUCAUGACCUUCUGGCAGCCUUGGCAACCUUAGCCCCAGGAGAAAGCCAUGAGCUCCAUGCACCCACACCUACCCAGCCAGCCAUCAUUGUGCACACGGCACUGUCAGCAGAAAACGGAGGACCAACACAUGUCGGUUGUUCACUCCCCCAUACUCGCUGUCCAGAGUAUUGAUAUGCCUUUUUAAAGAAUUUAGAGAAUUUGUGAGUUAGAGUAGUUGUAUGAAUGCUUUUUUAUUAUCACAAUGUCAAUUGUGUGACCUAUUGUGAUGCCAAAGAUCCACAUUUCUCAUGGGAGCUAAAAAUACUAAUAAAAAGUAAUAGAUGCGUUAGGUUUUGCUAAUUUAUUAUUUUAAUUUCAACAUAUUAACAUGUAAUUGGUGCUAUAUUUUAUUCUAAUCAAGUACUUUUGAAUGGAACAUUGCUUGUAUAGUGUAAUACUUAAUUUAUCCAUCAAUAUUAAAUUUUGCUUUACAACUUAAUAUGAUAUUUGGCUUUACUGGAUCUAUACAAUGACAUAGGUCUACAAACUAGAAAUAAAUUUCAAUUAUGUUCCUAUUAUGUUUUGGAAAUCAAAGGCCCUGUUUGUUAAAUUAAAUAUCUGCAAAGUACUAAAAUAUAAACAUUUUACUUGGGAAUAAUUCAUAACUGCAUUAAGCUUAGAUAAUAUAAUUUAAAUUUAAAAAUGUGAACUGAAUGUUAAAUGUAAAAUAAUAUGGAUAUACCUACACGUAAGAUUCUAAUACAUAUUAUAUUAUAAAUAGGAAAUUAUGACCAUAAUUUUACCUUUACCUGUUUAUGACCAUAAUUUUACAUUUUCCUUGAUAUUUUGAUUAAGUUAUUUGGAGACUUUUACAUUUCUCAUAGACCAGUGAUUGUGAAACAGGGCCUUAAUAUUUAUCUACUGAAGAAAUAACAUCUAAGCUGGUAUUGAUUAAGCAUCUUAAUAACCAUGAACUCCUUUAUUGUAACUUAUUUUGAUAUCUGUUCUGACUCUGUUACUACACAACAAAGAAAUAAGGAAUCUCUGACACUUAUGAUAAAAUUACAAUUUAGAUUUAAAACACCUGAUAAUUUUAAUAACAAACUUCAUUUAUUGUGUGCUUAUCUAUUAAUUAGACGUUUUGAAAUCCUUAAUAUCUCUCUCUACCGGUACCCCCGCCCCAGUACCAGUAUAACUACCUACCAGUUUUUGUGUAGAUAAAUAAUGAAAUAAAUAACAUUUUAUUUUUGAGACUCAUACAAAAUUUAAAUAGUAGAUGUAUAGAAAGUUGUGAUAUGUAAUGUGAAUUAAUCACAAAAUAUUUUUAAAAAUUGUAAAUAAUUAAGAAAUUAU